CAACAACCCAAGAAUUCCCAUCCCAUACCGAAUCUCCUCUCAAGAUUCCUCAUCUGCAGCUGAUCAGAGACUGCCUCAUUCUCCAUCUUGCUCUCGUAUCCACCCGCAGUAAUCAAACACACAAAGAAGCCCCCGGAGCCACCAGCGAACAGUACCCCUACGCACCCCUACCAUGAGGUCCCACAUGGAGAGUAGCUACGGCCACUUUGACAUGGAAGACUCGUUCUCCUACUCAUCCAGUCCCAACGGCAGCUUCUCAUCCACCGGAUCAUCCCCUUACGGCUCAGUGACACCGAGCUCGACCAGAGGCUCCUUUGGAUGUCAAACGCCGCCGCCGCGCAGGCACUCGUCUCUUAGUUUCGAACACAGGCUGGGUGCCACCGACAUGCGCAUGGUCAUAACGUCGCCCGAAUACAUGCACAACAUGACGCUCCAGCCCAGCUCUCAGGGCUACUAUAGGGACAACUACACUCCGGCGACGCCCCCGAGGACCGGAAACCCCAUGGACAUGAGCGUUCCGGGUCCGCUGGGCUUCAUGGAGCACCAAAUGCCCCUUCAGGGCACGCCCGGCGCCUACUCUUAUGCCGACAGCCUGCCGCCGUCGCCUCCUUUCAUGGCCCAUGCGCCAGGCUACCCGACACACGGAACCCCCAGCCCUGGCGCGCAGGCCCCGAUCUGGGUGCACGCCGGCUCCCCUGUGCCCAUGUUCGAGAGCUCGCCGUGCUCCCGGUCGUCGUCCAUGUCGAUGGACACUGGCUUCGAGAGGAUAGGCAAGCGAGAUGUGGCUGGCGAGCUCAGGCCUCCCAUCAGUGGCAUGGGCCAAACACGGACAACGGCCGGGGCGCGCAGGAUCGCCCGGCCGAAAAAGACAAAGGGCAUCAGCAAGAUGUUGGUGAAGCCCGCGGACGGGGUCCCCCUCGUGGUUGAUCAGUACGACCAGAACGGGUUUCAAUGCGAGCAUGAAGGCUGCAACAAGCGGUACAAGAGGCCGGAGCACAAGGUGCGCCACGAGCUGUCACACAAGCAGGGGCGCUACUUCCACUGCCACCCUGACUGCCCUCGCAAGCACCAGACAAGAGACCGGUUCGACAAUUUUUACUCGCACUUCAAAAAGCACACGGACCAGAACAACCCCAACUACAUCCCCGGUGCCGAGGAGUGGUGGGAGCAGCACUACCGGGACAUGGACAAGAGGCGCAAGCCGAGGCAGACGCAAAUCAAGUACGAGGAGUAGGCGGGACCACCAAGCUUGCCUCGGUAGGCCGCCUUGGCCAAAGGCCACACCCGCCACUUUCUGCACUACCUUUGCUCUUGGUUUACCCGGGUGCUUUCUUCCGCCCCAUAUCAUUAAUCCUCGGUGUCUUUUUUUUUUUGGAUGUUGGCUGCAUGCUUUUCCCUCCCACCCCAUUCGCACCCCAUCACCCAUUUCUUCUCUAAUCUUCUCGUGCGUUUGUUACUUGCUACUUGCUCACGGGCACAAUGUCAC